CCUUUUUCACGUUCACGUUGUGUUGUGUUUUUUUUUGCAAUUUACCGAGGUGAAUUUCUCGUCAAGCCGGAACGAGGUGAGUUUGUGAUGGUCAAUAAAAUAUGUGUGAAAAGUGGACAACACCCUUGACUGUUGUUGUGGCCCUCCAUCGCCGCGGAGUGUUAAAUUGCUGAAGAAUUAGCGUUUUUAGCUAAUUUCAGUCUCCCAUCGCCACCGAAUCGACUACGUGCGACCGUCUAAUACUAGCGCACCGCAUAGAACAAAUUAUCGCAGGAUAUGAACUUCGGUACAGCUUGAUCAAGCAUACAAAUUUGGCCCGGUACGCUGGUGGGGUGACCCCGUUGACCGACAAAAGUGUGUCUCUUUCGCAAAAAACGGCUUUUCACCAAGCAGCACACAUAAGAGGAAGUCAUGUCGCAAUCGAAGCUGAAACAGGUGUUUAGCUACCAAUCAUGGGUGCACGCAGUGUCUGGAUCGGCGGGUAGCGUGAUUGCGAUGUCGGCCUUCUAUCCCCUGGAUACGGUUCGCAGUAGGCUUCAAUUGGAAGAGCCGGACCGACGCAAAGCGCUCAGCACGUGGCGCAUAUUGAUGCACCUAAUCGAGGAGGAAGGCUUCGCCACGCUGUACCGCGGGCUGGUACCGGUGUUACAGAGUCUAUGCAUUUCCAACUUUGUCUACUUUUACACCUUCCACAGUGUGAAGGCAUUGCGAGCAGCCAGUGUGGCCGGUGGACCCGGUGCCGGGCAAUCCGCGCUCGGUGAUCUGUUGCUUGGAUCACUGGCGGGCGUAGUGAACGUACUAACAACGACACCGUUCUGGGUAGUUAACACUCGGCUGAAGAUGAAGGGACUCGAUCAGCAGCAUCGACUUCUUGGUGGCGGUAGCAGCAGCAGUUCGUCAGUCCGCAACGGGGGCCACAGCAGCAACAGUAUCGGUAGCAACACGAUCAAGUACGAUGGGCUGCUCGAUGGUCUACAGUACAUUGCACGGACCGAGGGCGUGCGGGGGUUGUGGGCCGGUGCCGUACCGUCGCUUCUACUCGUCAUCAAUCCUGCCAUCCAGUUUAUGGUGUACGAGGCAUUGAAACGGAAGCUAACCGAAGGCCGUCCUUCGUCGUCAUCGCCUUCCGCCAUCACCUUCUUCAGUAUCGGCGCGAUCGCGAAAAUGAUUGCAACCGUGCUGACCUACCCGCUGCAGCUCGUACAGACGAAGCUUCGGCACGGCAAUGCGGAUAAGAGCCUCAACCUACCGGCCGACAUCGAUACGGUGCAGCUGCUGCUAAUUAUUCUCAAGCGCCAGGGCGUUGCCGGACUGUACCGUGGGUUGGAAGCGAAGCUUCUCCAAACCGUUCUAACUGCAGCCCUGAUGUUUAUGGCGUACGAGAAGAUUGCUCGCUUUGUUACCUCGUUGCUUAUCUCACCGAAGAGUGUCAAGGGUUUAAACUGAGCAGGAGCAACAGCAGCAUCACCAGAUCCUGGCGGGUUGUGGAGAAGAAGAUGAUGGUGGUGGUGGUUAGUUAUGAAAGGAUUGUUCGAUUACAUACCAAAGGCUCCCGAGUGCCCCUUUGCUCCCCAUCAGGAGCUUCCUGUCUCUCUGUCUUUCUGUCUGUCUCUCUCUCUAUCUUAUUAGCUUCCCUUUUUCUUCGAUUCUAGUCCUUUUAUAUUGACAUUCUUUUACGUUCUGUGAUUAGAAACCAGAUGCGCGUUUUAUGUUCGUUGCAUCCGACAUUCCGACCUGUUCCUCCUUCCCCUAGCGAGCGAAAGAUUUCAUUUUAUUUAAUCGAACCUAUUUAAUGCGUUUUAAGCCAAAGCACUGGUGGGACAACCGAUCUGUUUCGUAACGGUUUGCGGGCCUAUUUCUUUCUAUGUUUUAUGGGUCUGGUAGGUGGUUUGGGUUGAGAUUGCGGAUUGAUCCGGUUUAUAGGGUAGCUGCAUUAACCGAAAAGCAAGCCCGCCGGAUGUUAUCCCUCGCAGCUAGUAAUAUGUUGGGUUUGCCGUUACCAUCCAAGGUGUGGUAUAUCUGCUUUCAAACGAACGAACACGUGGUUUAUGGCGAGAAAGUGAAAUAAAACAAUAAAGUACGCAAUGUAAGGUACCAGAGAGUAGUCGUUGUUUUAAACGUACCAAUCGUGUUUCAUCGUUCUCUGCAAGGCUUUUUAUUUGUAUUUUUUCGCUAACUGUGUGUAUGUGUGUUACUAGGUUUGCUUA